CGUCACCGUCUUUGCGCGCGGGCACAGCAGGGAGCGGACACAGCAGGGGAUGGUCCUGCCCGAGGAGCCAGCUCCGCUGCCCCUACCCGGCGCUAUGGCCUGCGGACUGGCGCGCGACCUCCCCGCGGUCCCGCUCGCCCCCGCGCGUCCCCCAGGCGCGAAGAUAUCCUGAGCUGAGCUCGGACUUACGAUGUCACGGCGCCAGCCCGCAGCGGAGACCCCGGCCUACGAGCCCAAAGGGUGUCCCAACGGGGCCGCCCCUCGCCGCCGUACUCCGCUGCUGCCCCGGCUGUUCACGCCCGACCUCCGUACCGGGCGACAAUCAGCCGGCAUGUGGUGGCAGGACUGCGAGCGCCUGCCCUACCUGUCCCCCGGGAUCCCGUACGGGCCGCGGGGCCGCGGGACCCUGCGCGCGCUGCUGCUGCCGCCGCUGCUGCCGUCUGGCACGGCCCAGGGGGCGGGGGCCCGGGGAGCGGGGGCCCGGGGAGCCGGGGCCCGGGGAGCGGGGGCUCGGGAGACACGGCAGCCCGCGGCCCGCGACAACCCUGACACCUUCGGCGUGCUGCUGGGAAAGUUUCUGCCCACCAAGUUCCGCGACUUCCUGCACCAGCUGCGCGCCAAGAGCGCGGAGCCGGAGGCGCACCCACCCUCAGCGCCACAGUACCCCAAGGGUGCAUCAGAGCACUACCUAGAUUUGUGUCCCAGCUGCUCGUUCCUCCCAGACCUGUGGGACCAAUCAUUGCACUCAGAGGACAGUUUUAAAGAGAAGACUACCCUGGGGCCCCCAAGAGGUGAAUUCAUCACAGCCAGAAAGGCCAACCCCUCCGGUGACGGCGGAAUGAUCCCGCCCAUAACACAGCAUAUGAUCGGGAGGAGAAAACUGAGAAGUGGAGCCUUGAGGACAGUGUGCCCCAGCUCACACGGCCUCCGUGGUACAAUGGAGAGUGACAACUGCCCUGACAGCUUGAAGCUAGAGAUGUUUCCUCUGCCCUGCAUCCUCUCGGCAGGAAGCUCCUGCAGUCCACCCUACCUCUUCACGCCAGUCCUGAGAAAGGGCAGACUCCACAGCACACAGGUCCCCAAAGUGAAGACUCUACUCAUUCCCAGCCCCUCUGGAGAAGGCUCCAGGCCUCGCAGACGCUAUUGUCCUUUCCGGGUGCGAUUUGCCGACGAGACCCUGCAGGACACGGCACUCCGCUAUUGGGAGCGCAACCGUGCAGUCCGGCAGAAUAUCUUUCCAUGUGAGCAGACCACUUUGCCGUCUGUGUCGGUGUCUGAGCGGGUGCUUGGAAGUGUCGGGAGAUGGCUGGAGAGUCUGCCCAGAGCCCUGUGUCCCAGGGCCCAAGACACUGUGGCCGGCUCCUCGUGCUGGAACUGCCCCCGAGUGUCAGCUCAGGAACCACAGCUCUACCUUUCUGAGGAUGCCACCAUGAGCAGCCGCCUACCCUUCAUCUCCAGGGCCACCACCUUGCCAAGGCCACGGGGAGGCCUCAGGACCUUCCUGGACACCCCUAACACUAUGGAGCAGGCUGCGAUCCAGAACGAGGGCUCCCAGUUUCCCCGGAGUGCUGCGGGCCGCGGGUGCCCUCUCUGCCUCGGUUUCCCCGGCCGCCUGCAGCGCCGCGUCGCGCCGCGCGGGGGCAGUAUUGGCCUGGCUUUAGGCCGCAAAACUUCAUCUCUCGCCCGGGAUCGGAAACUUUCCUUAGCGCAGCGUCCACUGUGGAUCCCUGAAUCCCGGGCUCCCCGCGCCAGACCGUGGGGAGCCUGGCCUCCAACCUGAGACCCGGGACGUGGCCACCAUGGAGGAUCUGAGAACUUAUGGAACAGACCCACGCAGGGAGAGGGACUUGGACGCUGAAGCAGGACAUAAUGCAGAGGCAUGAGGCACACGGCACACACACACCACUACAUACCACAUACACUACAGAGACCCCACACACCGGAUGCCUCGGGCACAGAAGCAGGACACAGGGAGGCACACACACACCAGAGACCCCACACACAAAGAACAGCACAUACAUACCACCUGGAGACCCCACACGCAGGGAGAACACCACAGACACACACCAUACCACAGCAAUGGAGACCCCACACACGGAGAACCACACCACACAUUCACAACAGAUGCAGCCAAGGUAUACAACACACAGUAAACACACUAUAUGCACACCAUAUAUAGACCCCAUGCAUGGAGGAGCACACCACACAAGACCACACAUUCCACAUAGCUACUCCACAUAUAUGGGGACACACCACAGAUACACAUGGACAUGGAAAGGCACACAUAACAACACAUGGAGAAACACUGCUGCAAAGGCACUCCCACACAUACCACAGAAACACACACACACACACACACACACACAGAGCACACUGAUACAUCGAACCAUACACAUGGCACACAGACACCACACCCACCCACAUGGAGAAGACAGGCAUGCAUACACCAGAGACAUCACACACAGAGUGCAUGCCAUAGGAUCACAGAGAUAACACACUUCAGAACAUGUGUUGUGCAGUGAAGCAUGCACCAUGGACCUCUGCACUACCAGGGUCCUGCAGGCCCUCAGAGGUGUUAUCCACAUGACAGCUAUGACAUGCCAGUUCAUGUGCCGCCUGAAUUCAGGUGACAAGAAGAGGCUGGGAAUGCUGAGGCAGGGGAAAGACCCUUUUCAGAUGACUUAGUCCAGGGUCCUCCGUCCUGGGAGUGAUUACAUUCUCCUUCCCAGAGUA